AUGGGCACCGCAUUCUCGUCUGGCAGCGACGCCCACCCUCCACGUGGGGCAGCGGAAGCGGGGGAGGAGCCCGAGCUGACCAUCACGGGCCUUGGCACGGAAUGGCCGUCGCAGAUCGUCACUUCCGACGACUUCCGCCAGUACCUCCUCCGCCAUUAUCCCGCAGACGCAGCGUGGGUCCAAACGCUCCUCAAAAUCAACGCCCGCAGCGGCAUCGCCUCCCGCGCUCUGAUCGGCUUCAACAACAACCCCCACUGGUACGACCCCAGAAACCAGCCCACCCCGCCGACCGCGGAACAAGUCUCCUCCGAAUUCCACUGCCACGGCGUCCCGCUCGCCGCCCGCGCCGUUCGCGCCGCCCUAACCGACAGCCACCUCCCGGCGUCGGCCAUCACGCACACCGUCGCCGUGACCGUCACCAACGCGGGAGCGCCAGGCUACGACCAAGCCGUGUUCCGGGAUGUGGGCAUCUCCCCGGGGGCGGAACGCGUCCUGCUGAGCGGGAUCGGCUGCGCCGGGGGCCUUGCAGCCCUGCGGGUGGGGAGCUCGCUUGCGCGGGCGGCCACGCUGCAACGGAAGCCCGCGAGGGUGUUGGUGCUUGCGUGCGAGGUGUGUAGUAUCCAUCUUGCGGCGGAGCUGCACGCCACUGCGAAGAAGGUGGGGUUGGGCGGAGGGGAGGAUAUCAGUAUCGGGCCGGCGCUGUUCAGUGAUGGUGCUGCCGCGCUGGUGCUGUGCAAUGCGCUUGCGCUCACCGGGGAGAUGCCCAGACGGUUCGCGGUGGUGGAUUAUCGGACUGGGAUUACCCCGGAGACGCAUGAGGCUAUGUCCUAUCGGACGACGGAGUAUGGGUUUCAGCUGACGCUGGCGCGCGAGGUUCCGGCCCUGGCGGUUGCGUCUUUGCGGGGGCUGUUUGGGGAGUUGAUGCAGGCGAAUGGGAUGGCGUCGGUUGGUCCGGGGAAGUUGGAGUGGGCGGUUCAUCCUGGGGGGUUGACGAUUCUCAGGGGCGCGCAGCUGGCGUUGGGGUUAUCGGACGAGGCGAUCCGGGCAAGUAGCGAGGUUUAUGAAUCGAGGGGGAAUAGUUCGAGUGUGGCGGUGUUGGCGGUGUUGGAUCGGUUGAGGAGGUGGGAGGGGCGGAGCUUGAGGAAAGAGGUGGUGGCGGUGAGCUUUGGGCCUGGGUUGACGACCGAGAUGGUUCUGUUGAGGCGCUUGGUGUAG